CAAAAGUUACAUUAAUAACAGUAGCAAUAGCAGCUGCUGCACUCAGUAUAAAAAUAGUGAAAUUUGAAUUUUCAACACCAAUGUUGAAUUCGUCAGUUCAUUAUUAUGAAUCAGAAUCUUGGAGCACACGUCAGGCAAAGCAUUUCCUACAGGCUGCUAUACUACUGCAGAUCUUCGUCAAAAGUUGACUUUCAUAACUCCACACUACUGAAGAACAGAGUUGUCCAUCAGAUAGGAGAAUCAGCAACAAGAAAUCCUAGUGGUAGGCAGCGACCUGCGAACCAGCCAACAAUCAAUCACCAACCAACACAUAUGUCGAAAGAAAUGAAGAUGGAUCGAACACACACGCUGAGGCCGUUGAGCGGCGGUGUCUCGCUCCUGGUGGUCGAGUGGAAUUCCGAAUGAGAAGGAAUGAGUUAGGCACUCGAAAAGACGUGAAGGAGAUUGUGUGGGGAGGAGACUAGAGGUUAUACUACUUAAUCAUGGGGCUAGCUAAAGACAAUCGCAGAAAAUAGGAUGAAACGGAGACGUGCUGUUGAAGCUGUAUGUUUCACUCGGAACCAAAUAACCUUCAGACACAAGAGAAAAAAGAUCGAGAGAGUUUCCGUCGAAUAAAAAAGCAA